AUGGCCAAGACCAAGUCUUCUGACAACAUUUCCUCCCGCCUUGCCCUCGUCAUGAAGUCCGGCAAGGUCACCAUGGGUAACAAGUCCACCAUGAAGACCCUCCGCUCCGGCAAGGCCAAACUCGUCCUCAUCUCUGCCAACUGCCCUCCUCUGCGCAAGUCUGAGCUUGAGUACUACGCCAUGCUUGCCAAGACCCCCGUCCAUCACUUCAACGGCAACAACAUUGAACUUGGCACUGCCUGCGGUAAGCUCUUCCGCUGCUCCGUCAUGGCCGUCUUGGACUCUGGAGACUCCGACAUCUUGAGCCAGGAGUAA